AUGCGGUCGUCCGGCGGGUCCAAGCAACUCGACCUGCCUGCGCGCGUCUCCACGUGCCUGAGCGACAAAGGGCGGGACUCGGACGCGCGCGAGUUGGACUACGCGCAGUCGAAAACACCGGACGCGUCGACGCUGGAAGGCGGCGCGCUUCGAGAAGGCGGCGUGCCGAGUCUCUGGAGCACGGACGGCAUUGGCCUGCUCUUCCAAUACGCGGUCGUCGGGAUCAACUAUGGCCUGUUGCCCGCAACGGUCUACCCGUUCCUGCAGCAGUACCUGAACGCCACGGGCUCGCAAGUCACGACGGCCACGACGUUGGUCAUCUUGCCCUGGAGUUUCAAAGCUUUCUACGGCAUCUUGUCCGACUGCGUGCCUCUAUGUGGCUACCGUCGCAAGUCGUGGAUGCUCGUGGGCUGGUCCAUCUGUGUCGCUAUGCUGCUCGUGAUGGCGACGUCGCCCGCAGGCGACCCGUACUACACUGUGUCGGCCGACCGGGCCAUUAAACCGAACGAGUACACGCCGGAGAUCCGCGCGCGCAUCAACCACGGAGCGGGCGACCAAGCGGGCAAGUACGUCAUGUACAUGUUCGUUGCUGCGGUCGGGUACGUGCUCGCAGUCGUGUGCGCCGACAGCGUCGUGGUCGACUUUGCCCAGCGGGAACCCAUGGACCGACGGGGCAAGACCCAGUCCGCGAUCUACACGGUCCGCACGGUGUUUGUCAUCCUCGGUCAGCUGCUCGUUGGCUUUUGCUUCAAUGGCGACGAGUACGGAGGCGACUUUAGCUUCUCGCUGACGUUUCCACAGCUCAUGGCGAUUGUCGCGGCGAUCACGAUCCCCAUUUUGCCCAUCACGUGGUUCUUUGUCAGGGAAGAGAAGAAGCCACGGGUUCCGUUCAAGCAGUACAUGAGCGAUCUGUGGGAGCUCCUUCAGAAACGCGCGGUCUACCAGGUGGUGUUCUACCAGUUUUUCCAGAACGUGUUCUCCAGCAUCUCGUACACGGCGAGCUCACCUGUUCAGUCCUACAUGGUAGGCGUGACGCCGAUCAACAGCACCAUAAGCGAGAUCUUUAGUAACGUGCUCUUCAUGGGAGGGAUCAUGGCUACGUCCAAGUGGGGUCUGCAGUGGAGCUGGCGCAAGAUGAUCCUCUUUACAGGUGUCUUUGUCAUCAUUGUGGACGGCGUGACGACGUACCUCACGAUCUGGAACGUGUUCCGCAGUCAGUGGUUCUGGCUUGGUCUGCCCAUUGCCGUCCAGCUGCCGUACGGCGUCGGGUGGAUGAUCGGCUACUUUGUCAUUGUCGAGCUCUCUGGCGUUGGCAAUGAAGGGGCGGUCUACGGCAUCAUCACAAUGGUUGGCAACCUCGCGGCUCCGUUCGCACAAGCCCUCACGCUUGUGAUCAACCAGCCGCUGAACUUGACCACUGCUCGUAUCCAGGAAGACGACACGUCGAUUCGAACUGACCUCACGUACGCUGUCUCGAUCAUGUACGGCAUGACGAUCUUCUCGUGGGUCUUUUUGGUCUUUCUGCCGCCUCAGAAAGCAGAGACGCAGGCACUUUUGCGGACGGGGGGCAGCAGUAAGAUGAUGGGCGGCAUCACCAUUGCGUAUAUUUCGUUUGCGUUCGUAUGGUCGCUCAUGACCAACGUCAUGGCCAUGUACGCGUCCACGUCGUGUCUUAUCAUCGCAGGAGGAAAAGGCUGCUAA